UAAGUUCGUCCCCAGACAGCUAUGGGAAUCUAUGCCUCCAAUUAGCAUACCUAAUGAGUGGGAGUGAUCAGCCCGAGACAUUACUCCAACGCAUUCCAGCUUCCGAACUUGAAAUAUGGCGCCAGACAGAUCCGAACACAGUCUCACAAAUCCAAGCGAACCCGAGCAUGUGGGUACCCUUUGGACAAAUGGCUGGUUUGAUUCUGAAGAAUGCCCUCCUGCGACCUCCGUCACCACAAGGAGGCACUGGAACGGCAUCUCUACAAAGCGAAGUCGCAAAGCAUUUCAAGGAAGUCAUGUUGUACGGUCUUUCGCUUUCACACAAGGAAUUACGAAAUGUCAUUUCGUCUCUGAUUGCCGACUGUUCUGUCUCCCCAAAUUGCAUCCAACCUUUCCUGACGAUCCAAAAUUGGCCGGAAUUGAUGCCGGCUCUCCUUCACCAUUUGAAUCCUACAAACAAUCCCAACGAUCACGCUACCAUUGGGUCAUUACUGACAGUACAAAAAAUGAUGGAAGAUGAUCCCGAUCAGAUACCCACUCCAGAUAUCGAUGCCCUGAUUCCUCUGUUGCUGCAAUUGUUCCAAUCUCCAGACGAAACAAAGCGAGUUGGAAGCUUGAAAACCAUAGUUGCAUGUCUAAACUUUGGCCUAGUGCCGAGCUCACUGGUACUUCACUUUUCGACAUAUCUGGAGGGCCUCUCUGGUUUGGCCACCGAUCCGAGCAUGGAAGUUCGCAAAUGGGUUUGUCGGUCGAUAAAUACGCUUUUGGAACAGCACGCACAAUACAUUCAACCACAGUGGGGAUCGAUUUGUCAGUUUAUGUUGCAGUCCACUAUUCAGCAACAAAACAGUUCUGAUGGGCAAAUUGAAGUCGCCACCGAAGCUUGCGAGUUUUGGUUGAUAUUUGGAACCUUAGAUGAGAUGCUCUUAACAACAGAUAUGCUCCAAAUCGUGGAACAACUACUUCCUCAACUGAUUCCAGUCCUGCUAAACAACAUGGUCUAUUCCAACGAUCAAAGAAUAGAUCUCGAGGCACAAAAUGAAAUAGACAUGGAAGAACAGACAAAUGCAACCCAGGCUAUGAAACCAGUGUUCCAUAAAACGAAAAACAAGCACGAAAACGGUGGACAAAAUGGCAAUGGAAACGACGAUGACGAUGAUGAUGAUGAUGAUGACUUCAUGGAUGAUGAUAACGAGUGGAACCUACGAAAGUAUGCGGGCGCCUCACUAGAUUGUUUGGCGAAUUUGUACGGUGCCGGUCCAAUACUACCGAACUUGUUGCCUUCGCUUGAAAGUGGCCUUAGCAGUGCGGAUCCAUGGGUACAGGAGGCCWGCAUCCUGGCUCUCGGAGCAAUUGCAGAUGGUUGCCGCGAAGAAAUGCAAGUGCACAUGAGUAAACUUUUUCCGUAUCUCAUGCAACUGCUAUCAACACCAGAAGCACCACAAUAUCUACCCCAAGUGAAGUGUAUCUGCGCUUGGACUGCCAGUAGAUAUUCCGAAUGGGUUGUCAAUGAGUCACAAACUGGGUCAACUGGGCACCUACUAGCUCAGAUGACCGAAGUUUUCCUCGGUAGAUUACAGGACAAAAAUCGAAAGGUUCAGGUUGCUUGCGGAUCAGCAUUGGGUGAACUGGUAGAAACUGCUGGAGAUCUUAUGGCACCAUAUUUGACAGAGAUUUAUCCURUGCUUGUGGCUGCAAUGUCGAGAUAUCAAGGCCGUAGUCUUGUGAUCAUUUUUGAUACUCUAGGGAUCAUGGCGGAGUACUGUGGCCCAGAAAUUGGCGAGAACAACUUGCCAAAUGUUUAUGUUCCACAUCUGCUUAGAAUCUGGAACGAGCUUUUGAGACAGGAUCCAACAAAUCGAAUUACUUUGCCUCUCAUGGAAACCAUAGCAUGCAUAUCUAUUGGUUGUGGUGUGAAUUAUCAGCCCUUUGCUUUGGAAACGUUUGAGAUAUCAAUGGCUGUCAUCGAACAAAUGCAAUUGAUGAUGGCAACAGCAGAUAGUCUUGCUUACGAAGACGCUGAUCCAAUGAUAUGCGCAACUGACAUUCUGGAUGCUUUGUGCGAGGCCUUGGGACCAAACUUUGCCUCUCUUGUUCUCAGUAGUACUCGCUACGGCCAGAACUUUAUCAAUGUUCUUCACGCGUUGUGUACUCACCAGCAUAUUGGAGUUCGAAUGAGCGCCAUGGCACUUAUGGGUGACCUGGCUCGAAAUGCACCAUCGAUGAUUGAACCUGCUCUGCCUCAGCUUCUUCAAGAUGCACUCAGCAAUCUCGACUCUAUUGUUGACGAUAUGUCUGGCAAUCUGCACACCAAUGCAGUAUGGGCAAUUGGUGAGAUUUGCGUGAAAUGUGGGGGUAAUUCUGGCCCUCUCGAGCCUUAUGCACCUGCACUAAUGCAACACUUGAUUUCCAUUUUGAUGGGCAACGGAUCUGGAAGAGUAUCAUCAAUUCUUGGUCUAGCAGAAAAUGCUGCUGCCUGCGUCGGCCGUCUAGCAAACGUCAAUCCGAUGUUUGUCGCUCCGGAUUUACCACGCUUUUUGCUUGGAUGGACCGAUGGUUUGUCGAAAAUAUCGGAUGCUACCGAAAAACGAGAUGCUUUCACAGGACUCUGCAGUGCGCUAUAUGCAAAUCCUCAAGCAAUCCAACAAGUACAGGCAAGUGCUCCCGAUGUGAUCACCUCCAUCAUGUUUGCUAUCACUUCAUGGCACAUACCAGCUGAUUUCCCAGAUGACAUCAAUGAUUUUUUGAAUGGGGACUACCAAUUCGUCCCAUUCCCCCCAGAGGAAGCUGCCCUUGGAAAUCAACUUGCGCAGUUAAUUCAAAACAUGAAAACCUCAGUUGGAGCAGAGGCAUGGAAAGCCGUGAAUAGCCGUCUCACUGCCAACUUGCAAAGGUUAUUUCGGGAAGUCUACCACGUUUAAUUUAGAGUGAACUGAAUAUUAAUCUGAAAUCAAGUCUCCCCAUUUUGGAAUAAUAUACAACUAGUCUAUGU